GAAGGCUGUAAAGGGACAAGGGGAACACACUGUCUGGGCUGGGGCAGGCAGGAGACAGGGAGCAUCCAGCUUAUGUGGGGACAGUGGGAUCAGCCCCACACAGCUGCUGGGACACGGCUCAGAGCCCGUCACAUCCUUGUGGCACAGAGCUGCAGUGCAGCACAGCACAGCUGAACUCCCCUGAGGGACGGAGACUCCUGCUGAGGGGCCCAACUCUGCCCUGCUCUCACAGGGCAUAAUGGUUCAGGGGAGAGGGGAGGCCCGAUCCAUGCAGGGGGCAGCAGGGUCAUGUGCAGCAGCCCAGGCUGCCCUCUGCAAGGCCACAGCCCUGCACCGGCAGCUGGUGCUGCAGCUCGGGGGCAGCGCCGACAGCCCCUGGCUGCGGGAGGAGCGACGCAGGAGGAGCAUGGAGGCACAGAAGCUCAGUACAGGGCUGCAGCAGGAGCUGCUGUGGGGGCUGCGGCAGGCACUGGCGAGUCCUGAGGAGCAGCGGGAACUGGAGCGGCUCUGGGUGCUCUACCUCUCUGCCCUGGAGCUCUUCCUGCAGGACCUGCGCAGAGCCCACCACCUCUGCCAGCUUUUCUCUGCUCAGGGGGGUGGCACAGCCCCACUGUGCACGGGGCUGGGGAGCUGGGGGCCACACAGUCACAGGGGGAGACGGAGAGGGGGAGGUUCCAGGCAGCCCCCAGACACCCCACACCUGGAGGAGGAGAUCGAGCAGGUGAUGGCCACACUGUCAGAGAUGGAGAGCAGAGCCAACAUCCCACUGUGGACAGUGGAGGCCACGCAGUCAGAGGGGAUGGGAAGCACUGCAGCCCCCACAGCUUGGAGGCUGUCCUGUGCCAGACAUUGCUGCAGGGUCCUCUGACUGGAAGGCAGGAGAGGACAGGGCAGGGCUGGCAGCUCCUGUGCCCACUCAGUCACCACAGAGAAAGGCAGAGAGCUCCGUGUACCCUCCCCAGCCCCUGUCCAGGCAGGCGAUUCUGGGGGCUGCCCCUGUUCUGCAGGAGCAACAGGACAAGUUCUGAGCACCUCAAGUGCUAAUAAAGCCCUUCUU